AGCUGACUUCUUUUCUUAUCUGAAGCUGAUCACUAGAGAAGAGAGGUGUGAGCAUUUUUUCUAUAUUGAAUAAGGUUCGUCAGAAAGCUGCUGACUGGGUCAACAGAGGCUGAGCACUGAGGAGACAUGGAAGCUGUGAUCGGACUGUUUGUGAUGCUACUCGGAGUCUCUCACAGUGUAGUAACCCACUGUGAUGGCACACAGGACAGAGCUCAGUGUUAUGGAGCUUUGGGAGGAACUGUGGUCCUCCAGCUGAUGAACAAACACUCUAACUUACUUAGAUACCAAUUGUUGAAGAAAACCCACAUAAUACUGAGUGUGAGAAAGAAUAUCUCUGAAUCUAAUCUGAUAGCAAACAGAUCCUUCGUUACACCCAAAAAUGGAACAUUUAUGAUCUGUCAACUGAGCAGGACUGAUGGUGGUGAAUAUACACUUAAGACCUUUGAUUUAAAUGGACAGAAAUCAGCGCGGACUCUACAGUUAACCAUUCAAGCUCCUGUGUCCUCUGUCGGGCUGGUCUCUCAGUGUCUGUCCCAGGGAGAGAUGGAGGUGUCCUGCUCCUCUCAGGGAGUGGACAGUCCUCAGUACAGCUGGACUCUGGAUGGAAAAGCUCUGACAGACUCUGAGCUCCUCUCUGGAAACACUGAGUCUCACAAAAUCACUCUGAGACAACACGUCUCAGGACGGCUGGUCUGCUCGGUCUGGAAUAACGUCAGUAGUGACUUAAAGGAAGUGAACUUAUCUACCUGUGGUGAGUGA